AUGCCGUGGAUCAGCGCCACGCUGAGGUGGCAGAACACCAGGAAGAGCGGCACGUUCUUCGGCACCUCCAGCACCAUCCAGAAGUUCACCACGAUCCGCAGCACAAUGAAGGGCAGCACCAUCUUGGUCAGGCUGGUCGGCCAGCGUUUGAGGUUCCGCCGCCUGAAUCCAGAAGGCCGCCUCCACCUUGCCAUCGGAGUACUUGUGGCCCCUGUCCACCACCACGCCACCAACGAUGCGGGCCGCCACCACAUCAAGGCACUGCAUGGUGAGCUCGCGCGACAGGUCCGAUGCAGGGGCGCCGUGCUGCCACAGGAUGCACUUGACCUUGCACCCAACGUGAAGGGAGCAAGGCAUCUCCGCAGCUAG